GCUUGCAGUCGGACGGAAAUCUGAUAAGCCGAGGAAAUCAAAUCUCGCCAGUGUCCCUGCGUGUCCGCGCCGACUCGAGUGCUCCUGCAGUGUGUCAAUGCUAAUUGACGGACGCCGACUCGAGCGGGGGAGCAUUUGCAAAGAGGUGAAGUGUCGCCGGUCUCUUCGCGGAGAGACACCUGGGGUGACAACGGCUGCAGACCUGUUUUUCACGCGAGCACAGUGGUGUUGCGCCGCAUCAGGCCUGCAGACUGUGAACACGCCCCUCUCGCAAACGUUAGCUGCGGGGAAGCCGCUGCCCGGCCGGCGGGGUGCCACUCACACCUAUGAGCCCUGCACGCGGCCCGUGUGGUGGUCGACGCACCGCCGCAAGAGCAUAUAACAAAGCACAAGGACACGCCAGUCAGGCCCGCAGAUAGAGAAGGAUCUGGACUGAGGAAACCAGGUGAUAUCAAGCUCGGAGUGCGCAGUUCUCUAGAAAAGUUCCCAUGCUGGCUGUUCAGAGCCACUCAGAGGUUUGUGGAUGACAUGAAUGACAAACAGGACAGGCCUCAUGUGUGCGGCGCCCCCGGCUGCUCUCAGCGCUUCCAGUUAGAGGAGCACCUGGUCAUCCACAGACACAAGCAUGAGAUGACCCUCAAGUUCCCCUCCAUCAAAACAGACACGGCUUUCACAGACCAGACGCCCACGCCGACGCGAUUUUUGCAGAACUGUGAAGAGGUUGGUCUGUUCAAGGAGAUAGAGGAGGAGUUCCUUCAAGCACAGGAAGAGGAAAAGAGCAAACAGACGCUUACCCAUAAUGGGCCGUCCUGUAUGAACCAACACCAGCUCAAACCCCAGCUUCAGCUCCAGCACCCACCCCAGCCUCGGCACCCACAUCCCCAGCCACCGCUGCACCAUCCCCAAACCCACACCCUGCAGCAUCCCCAGUGUCAUGGCCCCACGAUGGGCCCCAGCUGCAGCCUGGCUGCCCAGCAAGCUCUGUCCUCCUCCCAGCCCGGAUCGGUCAUCACCCAGGCCCCUUCCAUGCUCACACACUCAGGCCCAGUUCCCGGGCCAUUGUCCUCCCUCCUCCACAUGCGGAACAGACACAGACAACCGCUGGCGGCCUCCUUACCUGGCACCCUGCCAGAUCCCGCCAUGCAGGGAGCAUCUGCUCAGCACAUGCCUAUAGAGAAGCAGAUGUCCUGUCUCAUGGGUAUACCAGGUCCAGCACACAACCCCUCCUGUUCUUCGCCUCAGAGAUCCAAACAGACGCUGGGCCAUCAUUUCCAACAGCACCACCUGGGAAUGGCCUCCGUCAACAACCCCAGUGCCUCUGUGGGUCACGUGAUGGACAUGAUGUCACACUGCCACCAGGCACCUCCACUGCAACACCACCCGCAUCAUCCGCAGCUUCCGGCUCCACCGCUUCCCUACCAGCAGCGAUGCCACGCCCCUCCUCCACAGCACCUGGGAAGCUCGCACGGCCACCAGCUUCACCAGUCAGGGAAUGUACCGCGCGCUCAGGCUCACCAGUCGCCGCCCUCGCACAUGCACCAGGCGUCACCUCCGCUGCCUGUUUCUGCACAGUUAUCACCAGUUGCACAGCAGAUGCAUCCCUCGCACCCUUCCCAUUCCCAGCACGCAGUGCAGGCAAGUGGCAGCUGCAUUGGCGGUGGGGCGCGAGAGGGGGGAUGCAGCAACCGUCGGCGGAGGACGGCAGAGCAGGACCCCGACGAGCGCAGGCAGAAGUUUCUGGAGCGCAAUCGGGCGGCAGCUACCCGCUGUCGACAGAAGAGGAAGGUGUGGGUGUCGUCGCUGGAGAAGAAAGCUGAAGAGCUGACGCACACAAACCUGCAGCUACAGAAUGAGGUGACGUCGCUGAGGUCGGAGGUGGGUCAGCUGAAGCAGAUUCUGCUCACCCACAAGGACUGUCCCGUCACUGCCCGGCAGAGAGAGGCACAGGGUUACCCCACUGCAGGGGUGAGCCCAGGAGGAAGUCCCACUCCUGUCGGCCCCGGGCCUCAUCCGCAGGCCAUCCAGCACAACAGCAUCUCCACCUCCUCGACAGCCGCCGCAGGCGACGCGAGCCACGACCCCCAUCAGCACGGACAUUAGCCCUCAUCGUGUAGAGGAGGGGGUUGCGAUUGGAUUGGCUGAAUCGUACCUGACGGAAAAUACCUUUUUCUGUCCUAACUACGCUGAAGUCUCACCAAACUGUGGAUGCAUAUCGCUUUGCGUUAUAGAUGAAAUACUGAACCGGAUAGGUGAAUGUAUAACUCCGCAUGAGGUGUUUCACAUAAUUCUCAUCUUGCCUCGUUGGAGAGGAUAACGAAACCACAUACAGGUACAUCAAGGGGGUUUCAUUUCCAUAACAGGUGCAAAAAAAUGCCCUUCUCUGAAAGCUUUGUUAAAAACUGUGAUGGUUGGUGGCAACUCACUGCAUCCUGUGUUUGUUCAGAAAGUGUCUGUUUCUGACCAUUGCCUGCUACUCGCUGACUAUGCACCCACACUAUCCCAAAGCAUAAUUUCCGUCUUCUCUCGCUCUUUUAUCUUGCACUAAUCUUAAAACAAAGCCUAUAGUUUGUAUCUUUAACUGAGCAGCUGCAAGUGCACACCUCAUGCCUUUUCUCUGAAGCAGAGGCAGCUUGUCAAAACUAUGUAUUUUUCUACGUCUAUACUAAUAAGAAGACAGACAUUUUAUUUUGUUUCCAGAUUUCAAAUCAAACUCACGUGUAUUUUUGAAAGCCAUUUUUAAAAAACAUGUUAAACACAACUGCCCUAAGAUACUAAAUAUGUAUAAACUGCACUUCAUGUCUCAAGUCUUGACAAUUUAAUUUAAUUUUCGCUUAAGUUACACUUUUUGUACUGUAAAGAUGUUGACAAUCGCUGUAAAUCUAAUGCUAAAAUAAAAACCCUUAU